UGUUUCUCUUUUUUUUUUUUUUUUGACUUGCGUUUCGCCAAACGGUUUCGGUUUCAAACCAACUUCAGGCUGAACAACAAACUAUGAGCGCCUUCUCGUCGACCUCGUCAACCUCUUCCUCAAUGAGCAGCUCGAGCCGCCGCCAGACGCUCGGAGCCGUGUCCACCAACGACACGAACAUUAUGCGAGGCCGCGCGUCGCUGGGUGCUUCACGCGUCUCGAUGGUCAAGCCGCCCCCGCCAGCCGCUGCGAAUGCCGCUGCAUACACCUCCACCAGCGCCUACACUAGCAAUACAUCCAUGAUUGGCGGCAUGGUGUUUACAGCGCCCGCAGCCUCGGCGUUCAUGGCCAAGACGCCGACAAAGAGCGGCGGCGGCGGCAACUUUCUGGCACCGACCUUCAGCAACUCUGCCAAAAAGUCCUCGCGCAAGAGCAUCACUGGCCGCACUUCCAUUGGCAAUGCCAACGCGUUUCUCGGACUCGGCACUGGUGCAGAGCGCGCAACCCAACCACGCACAUCCCUGUCGCGUCGCUCGAGCAUCUUUGACAAGCCAGCAUCGUCGAUCGUCAAGGACCCGCGCCCGCUCAGCGACAAAACCUACAUGGCUGACAGCAUUCGCAACUUGAUGAGCUUUUUGACGCAGCACGGCUACAGCACCGCCGUUAACGUUAAGAUGCUCUCGUCUCCCAGUGUGACCGACUUUCAGCGCAUGUUCAAGUUCCUCUAUGCCCAUCUUGACGCUAGCUACCCGUUUGCUGGCAAGCUUGAAGAUGAAAUUCCAGUGUUGUUCAAGCGCAUGAAGUAUCCAUUCACCAUCAGCAAGAGCAGCCUUUUCGCAGUCGGAUCUCCUCAUACAUGGCCCACUUUGUUAGGUGCCCUGAGCUGGCUUGUCGAGCUUGUGACAUACUCAAUGUCUGUCGAUCCCAUGGCAUGCCUGUUCCCAUCGGUGGGCGACGGGUUUGAUCAAGAACUCCGAAGCGACAACCAAAUCUUUUUCGAAUACCUGUCGCGCGCCUACGUGUCCUUCCUCGAAGGGAGCGACAACUAUGACGAUUUGCGCGCCGAAUUGGCCAACACUUUUGAUGCACGAAACGUGAUGAUUGACCGGGAUGUGGAGCGUCUCACCCAAGAAAAGGAUGCAUACCUUGCCGAGAUUGAGGAAAGCCGCAAACCUUCGCCUCUGGAAGCGAUCGAGGCGCGCCGCAAGCUGAUGGUGUCGGACAAGGACAAGUUCCUCAAGUAUGUGCAAAACUUGGAACAACACAAGGUGGCCAACGAGCGCAAGUUGGACGACCACGCUCAAGAAGUGACUGCCGCCAAGCGCGAACUCGACCAGUUGCAUCAAGAUCGCGCGCAGCUGCAGGCGCAAAUUGACGCACAAGAUAUGAGCCCGGCGGAUGUUGAGCGCAUCACCAAGGAACGGCAACAGGUGGACGAAGCUCUCCGCGCUGCGGUAGUUGCGCGCGAGGAGAUGGAGCGCAUUGCCUGGGAGCGCGAAAUGCAAGUGACUCGCAAGAUUGCAGAGAUGGAGCAAAUGAUCUCGGCCUACAACAAGCUGGCAGAAACAUUGAUGAUCAUUCCCACUGACGCUGUCAACGCCGACGGCGUGGACUUUGAAAUCCAACUGAACAUGAACGGCUCAAACCCACACAGCGUGCUCAAUGUGGACGUUAACGAGCAUGCCCGCCCGGCGCUGACCCGGCUGCGCGAAAAGUUCACCGUGCAACAUCAGCUUGCCACCGAGCAACUGGCAAGCUGCCAGGAGCGCCUCGAGCAGGAAGCCGAGAUGGUGACGGAGCGUGAGACCGAGGUGAAUGUGCUGGAGAGCAAAGCCGCCAAGAUUGAGCAAGAGCAGCGCGCCGAAAAGGAGGCUCUGCUGCAUGAGUACAAGGAGCAGUCGGAUGUCAUCUUGGAACUCGAGCAGCAGCUAAAGCAGUUGCGCAUGGGCGCCAAUGCAGGCUUGAUGGAAAGCGAGCGGCAAGUCAAGAAGGCCAAGAGCGAGCUUGAUGCGGCCCUCGCCCAGUGUGAUCAGGAGAAGAACGAGUGCAAUGCUGUUAUUGUCAAGACCUUGGAGCUCGUGACUGCGCACAAAACUCGCAUUCAAGAGCGACUCGCGCAAGUCAAGAGUGUCGGUGCUCGGAUUCAUCGCGAGGUGCAAUCGGCCAUGUAAAGUUUCAGGCUUCCCUCCAAGAUUUUUCGGGAGCAUUCCCACAUGUUGUGAUUUCUUGUUGUUGUCGUCGAUUGUUGUCGUUGUUGAUUGAUGUUGAUGCCCCCCCCCCCGCCUUCUCCCUGUGUUCUUGCUUGUGCCUGUUUUGCCCCUGUGCUCCUUGUACUCUUUUUUUUUUGCAUGACUGAACAGAGACGUCGAGUUGAAGCUUUUUUUUCUGCUGUGAAGUUGAAGAAAACAAAACAAAU